AUGCGAGGACAAGGCAUCGGCGGUGGGAGGAGCAGUGGUCAAGCUCGGUCCCCGUCGCUGUCCUCGAAAGCGAACUUCUUGGCGACCAGCAGCAAGGAAGCGGAGGAGAGGAGGGAUAUAAUGGCCACCACGGAAGGCGGCGGCGGCGGCGGCGGCGGAGGAGGAGCAGCAGAGAGGGCGGAGGAUCCUCUCCCUGGCUCCGGCGAGGAAGUGCAAGCUGUGGCCCAGGAAGAGAGCAGGAGAAGCUCCGGUGAAACUGCCGAUGCGGGCUGCGGCAACAGCGGGUUGGUAGCUGAUGCCGCUGUGCCGAGCGAAGAUCCAAGUGAGGGGCACAGCAGUGAGAGCAGCAGUAGCCAGUGCGCUGGUUCUGAUGGAGAUGACAAAGAGGUGCCUGAAAUGUACUCCAAGAGCGGCGGCAACGACGAAAACAGCGAGUGCACCGACCAGAGCUCUCCCCGCGCGGUGCUGGACAUAUCGGUGUCCGGCAGCGUGGACUCCGACGAGAGCUCCUCUGUCGAGCAGCCGGCGGUGCCCAGCCGCAGCGUGCAGCCGCUGCAGUGGAGGAACCUGAUCAGCGGGCUAAUACUCAGCAGGAAGAAGCUGAUGGCCAGAGCGGUGACGUUCCCUCAGCGGUCCAAGAGCACGGGGCUUAAAAGGUACCUGGGGAGGAUGCGGAGCGGCAAGAACCAGAUGGACUGCAGCGCCAUCGCCCCGGAGAUCUUCCCCGAGAUCGAGAAGUGGAGGCCAUCAUGGAGGAGCUUUGACUACGAUGAGCUCUGCGCUGCAACUGACAGAUUCAGUUCAGAUAAUUUGAUCGGAAAGGGAGGGCACGCUGAGGUGUACAAAGGACAGCUUGCUGAUGGACAGUUUGUGGCGGUGAAGAGGUUAACAAAAGGCGGCAACAAGGAGGACAGGAUCAGCGAUUUCCUGUCCGAGCUUGGAAUAAUAGCGCACGUCAACCACCCAAACGCGGCACAGCUCUUGGGGUUCAGUGUGGAAGGGGGCUUGCACCUGGUUCUUCAGUUCUCACCACAUGGAAGCUUGGCUUCUCUUCUCCAUGGUGCAAAGGGAGGCCUCAGGUGGAAGGCCCGGUUCAAUAUCGCACUUGGAAUUGCUGAAGGGCUAUUUUAUCUACACGAAGGCUGCCACCGGCACAUAAUUCACAGGGACAUCAAGGCUUCAAAUAUUCUUUUAACUGAAGAUUAUCAACCUCAAAUCUCAGAUUUUGGCCUUGCGAAGUGGCUUCCUGACAAAUGCACCCAUCAGGUUGUAUUCCCCAUUGAAGGCACAUUCGGUUAUAUGGCCCCAGAGUACUUCAUGCAUGGGAUCAUAAAUGAGAAGACAGACGUGUUUGCAUACGGAGUAUUGCUUCUUGAAUUAGUGACAGGGCGGAAAGCCGUGGACUCUUCGAGACAAAGCCUGGUGAUAUGGGCGAAACCGCUGCUCGAGUCAAACAACAUGAAGGGGCUGGUGGAUCCUUCUCUUGAUGUUGGAUAUGACCCAGAAGAGAUGGCACUCACCCUGGCAGUGGCAUCCAUGUGCAUCCACCACAGCGCAAACUUGCGGCCUAGCAUGAAAUCGGUGGUCCGUUUCAUGAAGGGGGAUAGGGAAUCACUCGAACUGAUGGGAAAGCCUAAACCCACAAAGCCCCCAAUGUUCGACUCCUGUGAUUCAGAGGACUACACUCGUACGAGUUACCUCAAUGAUCUGGACAAGCACAAGCAGCUUGCGUUGGAGCAGUGA